GCUGGGUAUGACCUACACCACCGCGUUUGUGCUGGUGGUGAUGGCGGUGAUGACUCAUCUGUUGGUGCUGCUUGUGUUCAUGACGCUGCUGCACCACGAGCGCGUGGCCAACAUCGCAGCACGCCGGCCACGUGAAGCAGAAGAAGAAUUCUCACGAACUUCUGAAGCUUCAGUGUCUGAAGUUAAAGAAAUUGACGAUCCUCCGAGCUAUGAGGCCCUGAUGGUCGAUGAAGUUCCUCCGCCUUCCUUUGACUCACUUGUUGAUCCUAAGGGAUUUUCUGAAGUGGCGAGGUCAAGUUCAAAGGAAUCUCUCGCAUCCUCUACAGGAUUCCUUGCAAAAGAGGAUUCUGUUCCAGAUCAGGAUAAUACGUUGGAUAAUACAAGUGAAAAAACUUGUAUCGGAUUCCAUGUCGAAUCUGAUACCGCAGGUCCGGUUGAAAAAAUUGGGCGUGAAGGAAAUAUUUACGGAAAAAACCAGGGUGAAAAUUUGAAUAUAGAAAAUUUUUCUGACGGGAUUUUUGCGGAAAUUCAUACUCACAGAAAAAUCUCUUUGAUUGGAAUUCGAUCGCCUGAAGGAAAAGGGGAAAUUACUCAUGCAACUCCACGCAAAAUCAAAGCUCAAAAUAAAAACUGUAAAGAGAUUCAAAAUAUCAAGAUCAUAGAUUCGUUUUACUUGGAAAAAGAAGUUGACCGAGCGGAUGCAGUUCAAGACAAGUUACUUCCUACAAAUUUUACUAAAGUAACAAAAAAGUACAUCAGCAACUUAUCAAGUACAGACGUAAAUAGCAGGAAAAGUAUAAAUAUCAAAUAUCUCCAUCAUCAAAACCAAUACCUUGCUCGGAUAUAAAAAAAAUGUUUAAUUUGUGUUAUACAUUCAUAGGUUGAAUCGGGGUUCAACUGUGAUGAAAUUAUUGCACAUGACGAAGUUAAUAAACUUGUGCGUUCGUUUCAUGCAUAUAUCAGUGCAUGAGUGCAUAUCAAUGGAGCGUAGACCGCAUCAAUCAAAGCGAGACUCUGAACUGAAGACAAGGUUACACAUGGAAAAUUAUCAAUUGAAAAUUUCCAUGUUGAAAAAUACGGAGAACGAAGUGCAAAAUACGGUGGGUCAUCUCGACACAGUUUGGCCGGGAAAUGGCGUAUCUGUGUCACUAUUAGGACAUCUAUCCCAACUGGGUCAACUGCGAAACAACUGUAUCACCAUUAGGACAAUAUGAUCCAUUUACUGCUAUAAGUGAUAUAAUGCAACAGUUGACACAUUUUUGUAGAGUUAUAAAAUUUACAAGUCAUAUAUGGACAACUUUUGACGCAGUUUUUGUAGACGAAAAUAGCGCGAGUUCUCGCAAACCUACUUAUUAACACUUGAGUUAUAAUGCUCAAGCAUCAAGCUCAGGCCGCCGGUGAUUUGUUUGAUGCCGACGCUGAGGGCACAAGAGAGGGUAUUGUGGGCAAGACGCUGCCCGAGGGCAUCACUUAUUUUACCCUCAUCCACUUCAUCAUUACCCUCAUCAUUCAUCAUCCACUUCAUCAUCCGCAUCAUCACAUGCGGGUAUCAACACUCGGAUGCGUGGGGAAUGCUGCGGCGCAUGAAGCUGCAUACUGAUCAUUUAAUAUGGUUAAUUUCAAGUAAGAUGCAUAUUUUUUAAUUUUAG